AAAGGGUUUACUUGCUAUUGUAAUUCCCAUUGUUUAAUCUGAUUGCUGAACUUGACCUGAUAGCAUUCCUAGUGUGCUCAUUCCUCAUUGCCUAGAUGUUCAACAAUAAAUACCAGAGCUUAAGAUGAACUCUCAAACACCAACCUUCCUAGCUAACAAACCCAAGUGUCAAGUCUCAAUAAUCAAUCCUAAUUUGAUAAUUUGAUCUAGUUAAGUGAAAGGCGAACAUGGUUGCCUCCGACGAGUUCAGGCGCGUCUUUGGAUCGUUCGACCAGGACGGCGACGGCAAGAUCUCCGCCACCGAGCUGCGGCUCUGCGUGAAGGCGUCCCUCGGCGAGGACAUGCCGGACGAGGAGGUGCAGGCGCUCAUGGCGUUGGCGGACACCGACGGCGACGGGUUGCUGGACGAAGAGGAGUUCGUGAGGCUGGUGACAGAAAUGGAGGCGGAUGGUGAUGAGGAAGAAGACGACGACGACGAGACGUGCAGGUGCCUAAGGGAGGCGUUUGCGAUGUACGAGAUGGAAGGGAGAGGAUGCAUCACGCCGCUGAGCCUGAAGCUGAUGCUGAGCAAGCUGGGCACGCACCUGGACGUUGCAGAGUGCCAGGCCAUGAUCUGCAGGUUCGACAUGAACGGAGACGGGGUGCUCACCUUCGACGAGUUCAAGACUAUGAUGAUGGCCUGAUGGAAUGAGAUGGUGCCGGCCGGCCAUCAUCGUUGUUGCUAAUCUUAUUGUAUACUCCUAUGUAAUAUGAGGAAUUUUAUAGUUACCUUCAGGUAGACAGGGAAUUUGUACACUCAGGUUAGGUGCUAUGGUAUCCGUCAUUCUCAUGUGAAUUAAAUAGUUAUAAAAAAUUUAAUAACAUCAAUUGGUUGGGAUGAUAUAAAUCUAUAGAUAUCAUUCAAGACUAUAUUUUAUCUACAACGAUGUAGACUUUAUUAUCCACUAAA